AUAAGAUUCUAAUAUAUGGGCACCUAAUCUCAGCUGGUCCGCCCGAGACCCCCUGAGCGCCAACCCUAGUCCCCCGCGCGGUCCCAUUUCCGCUCCAACAAGAUGAAAGAAACUAUCAUGAACCAGGAGAAACUCGCCAAACUGCAAGCACAAGUGCGCAUUGGUGGGAAAGGAACUGCUCACCGAAAGAAGAAGGUGGUUCAUAGAACAGCUACAGCAGAUGAUAAAAAACUUCAGUUCUCCUUAAAGAAAUUAGGGGUAAACAAUAUCUCUGGUAUUGAAGUGAAUAUGUUCACAAACCAAGGAACAGUGAUCCACUUUAACAACCCCAAAGUUCAGGCAUCGCUGGCAGCGAACACUUUCACCAUUACAGGCCACACUGAGACAAAGCAGCUGACAGAAAUGCUACCCAGUAUCUUAAACCAACCUGGUGCAGACAGUCUGACUAGUUUAAGAAGACUGGCUGAAGCUCUGCUCAAACAAUCUGUGGAUGGAAAAGCACCACUUGCUACCGGAGAGGAUGAUGAUGAUGAAGUUCCAGAUCUUGUGGAGAAUUUUGAUGAAGCUUCCAAGAAUGAAGCAAACUGA